GCAUGCUGGGUUGGCAGGUUCAGCCCCGCAACGAUACACGUGCGGUUCAGCCCUCGCAACGUUACACGUGCAACGAAGAGAUAGUCUCGCUGCUCGGCUGACUGACGUUCGCUGCAGGAGGGAAGACUCAAGCGGAGAAGACAGGGAAUAAACUGGGAUCUUCCUCCAGUACAUUUAGAUCGGGAGUCCCUUUCUACCCGUGGCUUAUACGGUGAUAUCGCUCCUCCUGCUGCACUUCUACACAUUUUGCCUUUGGAGUUGACCGGCGGAGAAACAGCCGGGCUGCCCAGCCAAUCUGAGUGGCUGACUCGAAUCUGCAAUUCGGUUCUUUCUGAUAAAAAACCAAUAUAUGCAGAGCGAAAAAAGGGUUCUGCAGAAGUGAAUUCUGCAAAAUAUCAGAAAUUGGGGUGUUUCUGUGUUAAGAGUUUUGGAAAUAGAAGAGUAAUAAUGGCUGGGUAAAAAGGUAACAUUUUUUCAAAUGUCUUCAGAAAUAAUAUUCGCCUAGUUUGGACUUUGCAAAAACCUGAAGCCGACCCAUGGGCCUCACCAAGCAAUAUUUGCGGUACGCGGACACCGCCCUCUUUGGAGUGAUUGCUAGCCAGAAAGGCAAUAUUGCCUAUGUGACCCUGUGUGGUGAGAAAGGUCGCUAUGUUGCAGUGCCAGCCUGUGAACAUGUUUUCCUCUGGGAUUCAAGGAAAGGAGAAAAGAUUCUCAUUUUUCAGGGCUCCAAGCACGAAGUCACUGCCCUCUGCCCAUCUCCAGAUGGUUUGCAUUUGGUUGUUGGAUAUGAGGAUGGUUCAAUCUGCUUGUUCAACCUCUUAAGUGCUGAAAAAACUGUCACAUUCAAUGGCCAUAAAGCUGCUGUUACUGUCUUGAAAUUUGAUGAGCUGGGAGGAUGUUUGGCAUCAGGAUCAAAGGACACAGAUAUCAUAAUUUGGGAUGUGAUCAAUGAGAGUGGUUUAUACCGGUUGAAAGGCCACAAGGAUGCAAUUACACAGCUAUCGUUCUUGAAAGCAAAAAAUAUAUUGAUUUCUAGUGGAAAAGAUACUGUAGUAAAAUGGUGGGACCUGGAUACUCAGCACUGUUUUAAAACAUUGGUUGGGCACCGCUCUGAAGUGUGGGGGUUAGUUUUGGCUUCUGAAGAAAGACUUCUUAUUACUGGGUCUGCUGAUAGUGAACUGAGAGUAUGGAACAUCACAUAUUCCCAGAAGGACCAAGACUCCAGUGAGCCUGAAAACAAGAGAAAUAAAGGGCAUGUUCAGAGCUUGGAAGAAUCUUCUGAAGAUGCACAAGAUGAGGACCAAAAUGAGGGCACUGUAAGAUGUGAGAAAGCUGGUUCCAUCAUGAGGGAAGGAAGGAAUCGUGUUGUUGGUCUUGCUACUGAUAGAUCAGGAAGAAUCCUUGCUUGCCAUGGAACAGACUCUGUCCUGGAAAUAUUCUGUAUCCUCAGCAAAGAAGAAAUUCAGAAGAAAUUAGAGAAGAAAAUGAAGAAAGCAAGGAAAAAAGCCAAACAAAAGUCAAAUGUGGAAGAAGAAGAACUUGAUAUCAGUAUAGAGUGCAGUCUACAGGAAAAGAUUCAACGUCUUGUUAACAUCAAAGCUUCUGCUAAAAUCAAAUCUUUUGACUUGAUGCUGAAUCCAAAAGGAGAACUGAAAGCCACCUUAAUGCUCCAGAACAACAACAUUGAAUGCUACAGCCUGCAGUCAUCAGAGCAAUCUCCCCAAGUUGUGCAGACAUCAAAGAUAAACAUUGGAGGUCACCGUACUGAUGUUAGAACAGUGUCAUUUAGCUCUGAUAACAUCGCCAUCCUCUCUGCUGCUGCAGAAUCCAUUAAGAUAUGGAACAGGUCUACCUUGCAGUGUAUCAGGACCAUGGAGUGUGAUUAUGCACUUUGCUCCCUGUUUGUCCCAGGAGACCGACAGGUCAUUAUAGGGACAAAGACUGGAAAGCUGCAGCUCUUUGAUCUGGCUUCUGGAUGUUUAUUGGAAAGUGUUGAUGCUCAUGAGGGGGCUCUGUGGUCCAUAUCUCUUUCUUCAGAUCAGCGUGGUUUUAUAACAGGAGGCGCAGAUAAAUCUGUCAAGUUCUGGGAGUUUCAGCUAGUGAAAGACAGGAACAGUAUCCAAAAGAGGCUCUCUGUGAAGCAGACACGCGUUUUGCAGCUGGAUGAAGAUGUUCUCUGUGUUCGGUACAGCCCCAAUCAAAAAUUUCUGGCCGCUGCCUUAUUGGACUGCACUGUAAAAAUAUUCUACACUGAUACUCUCAAGUUUUUCCUUUCUCUCUAUGGCCAUAAAUUGCCAGUGCUGUGCAUGGAUAUCUCUUAUGAUGGAGCAUUAAUUGCAACAGGCUCUGCUGACCGGAAUGUGAAAAUCUGGGGCUUGGACUUUGGGGAUUGUCAUAGGUCACUUUUUGCUCAUGAUGACAGUGUAAUGUAUCUUCAGUUCGUUCCAAAGACCCACCUCUUCUUUACAGCAGGAAAGGACCACAAGAUUAAACAAUGGGAUGCUGAUAAAUUUGAGAAUAUCCAGACCUUAGAGGGGCAUCACCAGGAAGUGUGGUCCCUGGCUAUCAGUCCCAAUGGAGAUUACCUUGUCUCCUGCUCUCAUGAUAAAUCAUUGCGCCUCUGGGAAAGGACAAGGGAACCCCUUAUUCUGGAGGAGGAGAAGGAAAUGCAAAGAGAAAUAGAAUAUGAAGAUAGUAUCGCUAAGGAAGAUCAGCCAGUGGUUCCUGGGGAGAUUCAGGGUGAGGCUGGAUUAGCCGGGAAGAAGACCAUUGAAACUAUCAAGGCUGCUGAACGAAUCAUGGAAGCCAUUGAACUCUAUAGGGAGGAGACUACGAAACUGGAAGAGCACAAGGCUGUCUGCAAAGCUGCUGGAAAAGAGGUUCCUCUUCCCGUAAAUCCAAUUCUCCAGGCUUAUGGCAAUAUUUCACCUUCUGCAUAUGUAUUGGAUGUUCUCAAAAAGGUGAAAUCAAGUGAAUUGGAAGAAUCCCUUUUGGUUUUGCCUUUCUCCUAUGUGCCUGACCUUCUAAUGCUCUUCAGUCAAUAUUUCGAAUUGGGUCUAGAGGUAGAGUUGCUCUGCCGGGCUCUCCUGUUUCUGCUCAGGAUACACUUUGGGCAGAUUACAAGCAAUCAGCUUCUUGUUCAAAUUAUGGAGAACCUGAAAAAAACUACCCUUUCCAGAGUCAGUCAAGUGAAAGAUGUUCUGGGGUUUAAUAUGGCUGGUCUCCAGUUCCUAAAAAGAGAAAUUGAAGCCAGGGAUGAAGUGACUUUUUUUGCCGAUGCUACUGACCGAUUUGAGGAGAAAAAAAGGAAGAGAAAGAAGAAACAGAAGAUGAUUCUUGCAGUGUUAUGAAGUGGAUCGCUGAAGGAAUUAUUGCUGCCCGAGAACACUGUGAUGCAUGCUUCCACCUCCUGAAGUGGGGGUGACUCUCAAGAACUUGGGAGAGGAUGAGGGAACCAGACAAAAAUCAUGCUAUAUUGUUUUAUCCACAAUAUUAAGAUGGGUUGUAGGAGAUCAGGACUAUCUAUCCCUUUCAUGUGUUUGUUCCCUGCUUUUGACUGCUACAUCAUCAUCUGAUCAUCUGCUUUUGCUCUUCUUUAAAAAGCCCCCUCCUAUCCCAGGACUCUACAUUGACUCUCAUGCCACUCGUCAUAAUUACAAAUCAUGCAGAUAAGAGCUCUCUGCCCUCUUGCUGGCUGAAUUAAUUCUUUUACUUUGUUUUACAACAACAUUGUUCUCCCCACCCUCUGGAAAAAAAAAGUAAAAACAGCAAUUGUUCAGAUUUGAUCUAUGAAUGACAUGCUUCACACAAUAUAGCAUUUUAGCCUGGUCUGAAAAUAGGCCUUUCUUUGAAGUUUGAGAAGGUUACAUUUGUACUUGCUUUUCAGUCUUAUUUUUGCUAUUUAAUGAAUUUGUCAUUUUAGUAAUA